UCUGCAAGUGUAAUAUGUAUGCGGAGGAUUUCUUUGUGGAUGCGCCAUUGCAACGGAGCUGCAAAUCCAUGCUACAAAUUAUUGGCUGAAACUCAAUUCACACCAUGCAGAGGACUGAGGGAAAGGUGGACUACAGUGUGCGACUAGGGGAAUUCUCCUGUUAGGAUUGUGACCGCUUCGUGACGCUUGGCUCUGAGGUGCAUAAGCUCACAUUGAUAGACGCUCAGUCAGUCCUGGGGGAUGAUGCUGGUUGACAAAUGGAAGCACUGAGCGAUUGCAUGCUGGAGACAAAAUGAGCUUGAUCCUUUUGUGUCUGUUUGCCAUGUAUGAUCGACGGUGGCUAAAUGAGGGAGAGGACGACGAAAAGAACCCUUUCAUUUACCUCUUGGCUUGCCUUAAAAUUCCCCUCAUACUACACUCCGUUCACCACCCCUCCCCUUUCUCUUUCUCGCUUUCGCUCUCUCAUUCCCUCCCACAGUUUCUCUCCUCCCUUCACUGAUCAAAGCCAGUAGCCUAGUAUUCUCUCUACAGCUGCUUCCUCUAUGGUCUCUUGGAAAUACAGCCUGCUGAUCUUCUCAAGGCAAGACCUUUUUUUAACAUUUCAUCACCAGGACAACAGGAUGCUUCCAUGCAGGCUUUGAUUCUUUUCUCUCCUUGUGCUUUCCCCUUCCCCUUCCCUCUCCUAAUUUCCUGCCCUUUGACCCUAACCCUUCCCUUUCCCCUCAAUUUCCCCUUACCCUCUAUUCCCUUUUCUAUCUUCACACCCACUUGACCAUGUUGCCAUGUGUCUGCCGGGUCCAUCCUCUCCUUGCCUUUAUCUCAUUUGCCUUGCUGACACGAGGGGAAAAUUGUCCAGCCACCUGCAAGUGCCCGGACCCUCACACGGUGGAUUGUAGCGGUCGAGGACUCACUCGCCUCCCAGAUGAGAUCCCGCUGGAUGUUCGCAGGUUGUUGCUGUCCAACAACUGGAUCCCGCGCAUUCCCUCUGACUUUCUCGUGCUCUACAGUGACUUAGUGUAUCUGGAUCUCCGGAACAAUUCACUCUCACACAUUGAGCCAGGAACCUUAAGCACCUCCUUCAGGCUAGUUUUCUUGGACUUGGGCAGCAACAACUUGACUGAGAUCCCAAAAGGAACAUUUGGUGAGUCCCGGAGCCUCAUCAAGUUGCGCUUGGGCAACAACCCUCACCUGAGCAUGGUCAGUGAGGAUGCCUUCAGGGGCUUGACCUCUCUACGAGAACUUGAACUGGAGCGCAAUGCCCUUUCCAGUCUCCAGGUUGGUGCGCUGAGCCAGCUGCCUUCUCUGCGGGUCGUCAGGUUAGAGGGCAACCCUUGGGUGUGCAAUUGCAAAUUUGCCAACCUUUUUGCUUGGCUAGUUGAGAACAGCCACAAGCUACCAAAUGGUAUUGACGGUAUUGAGUGCUCUUUGCCCACCGAUGGCCGCCGUGUGCCUCUCAGUCAGCUCUCCCAGGACAGUUUCCGGGAAUGUCAGAUCACCCUGACCCUCACCGACUUCCUCAUCAUCAUCUUCUCGGGCAUCUCCGUGUCCGUGGCAGCCAUCAUGGCCAGCUUCUUCCUGGCUUCCACCGUGCACUGCUUCCAGCGCUGGAGCAAAGGUACCAAAGGCGAAGAUGAGGAGAGCGAAGAAUGAGCAGGAUGAAUGAGGAAGAAUGAGCGUGAACAAUCAGACACCAGCUACAUAAAUGAGUCUUUGGAUGAGAAUGUGGCACACCUACACUACAAAAAUGGCUAAUUAUUCCCAUCAACGAAUUAAUGGAUGGGUAACAUGGAAACUAGCCAUAGUAUUUAAAUUUUGUGGUUAAAUUGUUGGUGUCCUCAGUAAUGGAUUACAAUCAGUGUCAUAAUAUAAUAAGAUAAUAUUAAUAGUCUGAAGUAAAAAAAACCUCGCUGCUAUUUUUUUGUGCCAAAUUAGUGCGGAUAAGAUGGAAACCUAGUUAAGAAUGUUUUAAUAGAAAGUGUAGCCUGCAUACAAGAAAAAUUGCAGGUUGGAUAUAGAAAUGAUGAAAAAUUCUGUGGUCUAAGGAAGGAAGGAAGCCAUUCAGUAGUUUCCUAUUUUGUUCACAGGUCUAAAAUAAUCAACAAAAAGCAUAAAAAGUAGUGAGAUAUCUAGUUAUGGAAUGAAUAGCUCAAAUGUUGCACUUUAAAAAUACAUUUCCUCCUACAUUGUGCUGGCCCUCAGUCUUACCUAACGGACAUGCCCAGAUCUGCCAAAGAUGAUACUUAGAAAUGAUGGACAAUAAGAGUUUUAAAAGGUUUAAGAAGUUCGAGGUGUGGAAAAAAAAUAUAUAGAGUAUAUAUAGAUUUAUUUUUGCUUUCAGACAUGUGUGAAUAUGUAUAAUCAAAUGACAUAUCUAAAUGUAUUUGCGAUAUUGCAUAUUUAAC